AAGCGCAUGCGUAGUAGUCGCGCUCCUCCCUUCGGCUGGCAACCUGGGUCAUGGAAAGGAAAGCUGUUGGGCUAAAUGUGGGAGCGGCUAACAGCAAUGGUUCUGGAAAUCAAGAAGAAUCCAGUCUGAUCAGAAAGAGCUUCAUCUAGCAAAGCAUCCUGAUUCUUACCAGCCAAAAUGUUUUAUGGAACUUUAUGGGCAAAAAACAGGCAUGGUUGCUUCAUACAGGAGAGAUGCUGUUGAAUUUUUCUUAAGGAACCAUUUAAAGGCUAUUUAAACUGAUAAAUUUUACGGAUUCUCAUAUGUUUUAAUAAUCAUGAAAAUCAAAUUAGAGGUACUAGCCUCUACAUGUAUCAAACAGAAGAAGCCAUGGCCUCGAAUCACCUGGCUAGGAGAGCAAAAAGAGGCUGUUUUUCUAUUGGAUGACAAAAACAUACAGGAAAUUAACCUGCUUUCUGGAAAGACAAAAAAGAAGAUUCCACAAUUACAGACUUUUCUGAAGAAUGUUAUUGUAUUAUCAACCUCAAGAAAUGGAGCUUGGUUGGCAGGAAUGCUUAAAACAGGAGAGCUAUUUCUUUGGAACAAGGAUCAUGACAUUAUAAAAACUGUUCCAGCCAUAGAGGAGUCUAAAAAAGUUGCUAUGGCAGUGCAAGAUCAUUCCUUGAGGUUAUGCUUACGUGUUUCCGGCAAUGGAAAUAAAAUACUUCUUGCUACUCUAGAUGUCUGUGUUUUAUUGUGGGAAAGCAUAGAAUCAAAAGCAACACCUUUCCAAAUUUCUGCAAUGGGGCAGUGGUCCCAAAUUAUUCCUGAAGCUUCAAUUGUGUUACCAACCAUCAAAGAGAAGGAAACUGUAGUUAGUGUUGAUUUUAUUGAAAAUGAGAUAUUGGGAGAAUGUUGCUUGGGUUCUUUUGCAUUUUAUUCUGAGGCCCAACUGGUACUGAUAUUUUUGAAGAUCAAAUGGCAGGAGAACGGUUUAAAAAAUGCAAGCUCUGUUCCAUGUCAAACACAUUGGGCACAACAAACGUGCUCUCUGCUUAAUUUGGCUCCCUCUUGUGAAUGCAUGAAGUCAAGAGGUGCUUUGCUUACUGAAUUCUCACAUGAUGGACUUGUGCAAGCAAUAGCUCUCAAUCAAAAGGAUCUACAGGGAACUCAAAUUUUGUUUAUGAGCACUAAGAAUUUUAUUACUACUUCAGGGAGUCUUAAAGGUUGUGGUAGCAGGAAUCCCAAAAUUCCAUCCAAAUUAAUAAGGUCUUACUGGAUUUCUGACAUGAGCUGGACUCCUGAUAGUCUGUUUUUGGUUUGCAUGUUAAAACGUGGAUCUCUGAUCAUAAUGACAUGCUUGGGUGAAUUGAUGACUUUAGUUACUUAUGGCUGCUCUAUAGAAUUUGGACCAGCAGAAUUCAUUCCUCUACAUCCAUUAAUAACACACAGAUCACAGAACUCUUUCUUGAAUUCUAAUGAUUCAUCAGUUUCUGAAGGAGACUUCAUGAGGCAGAGAUUUUCUGUAAUAUGUCACUCCAGUUUGCCUUAUCUCAUUGCCUCUGAUGGAUACAUGGUUACAGUUCUUAAAUUUUCCAGUGAGUUUUCACCUUCUACCUAUACGAAGUCAUUGCUGCUUGAUUCAGCUCAAAGACUAGAAAAGUUGCAUCAUAAUUUGAUCACAUUCAAGUCUGAGGGGAAAAAGCAGCCACUGCAAUCAUUGUCUUCUUUAAGAGCUAAUCUCUUACAAUAUGAAAAUCAACUUUCUACUUUCUCUGGCACUCCAAAGUUUCUACAAGAAGAAGAGGGAGGCACUGAACUAAAUGAAGAAGUAUCACUAUUCCAGGAAUGCAAUGAAGAAUCCAGUGAUGACAUUUUUUUUCAAAGUAAUUCGUAUAUUUUGGGAAGCCAAAAAGCAGAUUUCUCUUUAGGUGAUGAAGGCCAGCUGGAAUUCGCAUCAAUGUUUGACACAAUUCAUGCAAUAGAUGGAACAGAGAGAAAAAAAGAUGGCCUAUUGUUUGAACUGAACCAUAUUCAAAAAAAUCUCAUCGCCGCUUGGAGAGUGGGCAUUUCAAAAAGUAUAAAAGAAAAAGAUAUAUUAUUAAAUUUUAACAUUCGUUGCAUUGUACACUUUUUUAACAUUCUCCAGCAUGUGAAACUUAAAGAAUUAGAUGAUCCUGUCAAGAAUCAGUCAUGGAUACAAUGUGUCUUAAACUGUUUCCAACAAUUUUUGACUGUCCUAAGUUGGGAAGAUCAACACAGACAAACAUUGGGGCAUUUAAUGAAAUUCACAAUGCAGACCUUAAAACUGAUACUUGCAGAACCACAAGAUCACCUUUUCUCCACUAAUCUUUUGGGGGGUUUCUCCUUGCUGAAGAUGGUUAUUCAUUAUUUAAAUGCCAAAAAAAUACCACAGUAUGAAGUUGUUCUAGCAGAUCUGAGUGGUAAUAAUAAAGUGGAACUAGAUUCUAUUGAUGUUCCUCUGUUUCAAAGCAUGGAUUGGAAUAGUCACCAGAAGCACUGUGCAUUACAUUCUGUGCUAACGUGUUCUCUUCCAAUGGCAAAUCGAACUGAGAAUCAGGAAAAAAGGUUAACUGUAAUCUGGCGACACUUGUAUAAGCAUGUGAUUUGGUAUUGGGCACAACUAAACAGAAAAGUGAAUAACUCAAACAAAUCAGUGAAUGAAAUCCAAAUUGCUCAGGAAAUUCCAGUGAUCAAAGCACUUGCAUGUCAUAUACAGGCAAUCUUACAGUCUUCGGGAGAAAGCUUGGAACGACUUCUGAAUCUCAAGUCUGUGAAUGGUGAGGAAGAGUUUCUGAUAGGAUCGUAUAAAAAGUCUAUGGAGGCCUGGGAGAGAGCUUUUCAGGAAACAAAAGCAAAAGGAAGAAAGAGAAUACCCUUCCUUCAAACUCGAUAUUAUCUUGCUAUUUUAUAUUGCCAUCUCUAUCAUUAUAAUGUAAGUGAGGCUCAGGGUCUGUGUGAUCAUCUGGUAUAUGAACUUCUAAAACAAAAUCAAAUUUCUGUAAGAAACCGAGAUGUUAUAACAGAUCCUGAAUGGAUAAAAGAUGUUCACACUGAAGCUGCUCUAGCAGUGGUUCAGUCUUUGGCCCGAUUCAUGGCAGCCUACUUCACUAAUGGGCCAAUUUAUAUACUUCCUCCCCACAGUGUUGGUAUCUUACCUCCACUUCAUAUCAAGCCAGAUCAGUGCCUUCGUAUUAUUCCUCUGCAACACUCCAGAGUCACUGAAGCAGUUAGGGAUAAUGGCCUGUCUUGUGCUUGGACUGUAGAAUAUACUAUUGAUUUGUUGCUAAUCAGUGGACUAAUUCCAGAAGCUGUGUGGCUAGCCCAGAAACUUGGAGACUGGAAAAUGGCUGUUUCAAUUGGAGUGGCUUAUCAACUAUAUUGUCAAAGUAAUAAAAGCUUUGCAAGGUCAGAGAAAGUGGAAUUAUUCCUGCCAUUACACUUGAUGCCAACAAACAUUUUUCAAGAAAAGCUACAAUCUUUUUUGGGUCAACCUGCUAACAAUGAAAUAAGUCAAGGAAACUUCAGAUACAAGCAACUCACAGAUCCUAUUGAAGAAGAAGAUGCAAAUGCCCUUUUUAGUUCAGUAGAACAAAUAUUAAAAGCAGCUGUUAUGGCAGAAGCAGACGUUCUAUCAGAAACCUUUCAGGUUUUGAUGGACUUUGCCAAGGAUCAUAGUAGAAAAUUCUGUGGCUUGGUUCCUGAUGGCUUAUAUCUUCCAGCACCUCCUUUAUAUUGUCCUCAGCCAACAUUUGAAGAAUAUACUGAUGUACCAUUAAAAAUAGAGAGAGACUGCAGACAAAAAGUAUCUGGAAUUGUUCAACGGAUUCUUCUUCUUUUCCGGGCUGCUCAUUGUUCUUUUGCUGCUGCUCAGUGGUAUAUUGUGCGGCUAAAACAUACACGAAGAGUUAUGCAAAAGAUCCACAAAAAAGGUGCCCUUCCUCCUUUAAGUGAUCUUCCAGAAAAUUUGCUUAAGUAUUCCAAAUAUCAUACUGUGUUCUUAAGGCCCUCUUCUUUUGGAGACCAUAACUUUGAUGCUGUUUCAUGUAAAACUAUAGGAUGCUUUCGAGAAUUAUGUAUAUUGUGCUGGAUGCUUCAUGUUCGUGAAAGAUUGUCUGAUAGUUGCAGACGGUAUCAAAGGGCAAGGGAGAAUUUGGAAAACCGGAAUGAAUUCAAGAGGAUCGAAUUUGAUGCUUGCAUAGUUGAGUACUCUGUCAGUGCUUUGGAGUGGGCUUGCCGAAUGCUUCCUUUUGCUAGAUUCAUGAACAUUGAAGAACUUGUGCAAGAUAUCAUUCUGAGCCUUAUUGGAGAAUUACCACCAAUUAAAAAGGUGGCAGAAAUUUUGGUAAAAGCAUUUCCUAGCCCUGAAGAUGUGAGGGUCUCACUAAGGGAUAAACAUAAUGAUCUAUAUCAACGACUUAGGCAUUGCACAGUUAAAGGCCCCAAUAGUGAAGAAAUUAUGUCGGUUGUACUACAGGCUACUUACAAAGUGAAUGUGAAAACCCUGAAACGUGUGAUAAGAAACAUAGGGCCCAUUCAAACAAAUAUCUGGGAGCCACCAGAAGAAGAGAUACAAGACUCUGGAGGUUCCUGCUAUGAUCAGUUUUCUUUGGGGACUACUCUAAGCAGAAGCACAAUUUCAGAUUUCAGAAACCUUCAAGGGUGUAACAGUGCUGAACCAGCAGAUUCACUUUCUGAGUUUGGGAUGACAGAAGAAGCAAGAAAACCGAAGCAAGAAAAUCCCAAUGAUUUACCCUCUUAUAUAGAUGUUUCCAACUGUAAAGAGUGGACUGAAAAGUUAAAAGACUGCAGUGGGAAAAGAGAUUUUAAAAAAGAGACCCAUAAAGACCUUCCCAAUCAUCUCCAUAUGCCUCUAGUCGGUGAAUGGGAAUUUGAACGUGAUGAUGAUGAAUACAUUAAGUUUUUAGACCUCUUCCUAACUUACGUACUUGAAAGAGAUCCACUCAAUCACAGUGAAUCUGCUGUUCCUUUUCUGACAUGCUUUUCAGCACUGCUUAGAGAGCAUGAGCUCCAUUCUCUUCUUUUUGAUGUUCAUACAACACUGAUACGUCGACAGGUGAGAACUGAAGUCCAAAAUGCAUUCAGAGCUGGUUCUUGCUACACCCUUGGUUUUGGAUUUAGUGAUUCUAAACUAGCUUCUUUAUGUGAUAAAAAGAAAAAAGAUUAUGAAAAAGAAACUUUAGCUAAUGAACAACCGUUAGAGCUUUCAGACUGUGAUUCAGUUAUGAGACUUGCUGAAAGAAGAGGCUUAUUUGGUCAAAGCCAGCGAUCAGUCAGUGACUCACAUAAUUCCAGUAAGACAUUCACACCAGCGUUGGUUCAAUGUCGGUCUACCCCUAAAACAACUCUGUUUCAAAAAUACAUCUGCAAAACUGGACAAGUGAAUGACGUCACACAACAAGACGAACCAGUUCCAGAAAUACAUCUUAAAUUUAACAAUAUAUCUCGCUUACUUGAAUGGAUGAUCAGAUGGUCCAGUAAAAGAAUGGUUCAAGAUCCCAGCACAACAGGGGCAUUUCAGGAAUGUCAGCCAAUGAUGCAUGUGAAAAUAUCUUCAUCUGCCAUUCUUUCAUCAUUGUGGAUUUUAGAGCGACGUUACGGCAACAAAUUUCAAGACCAAAAUUGCGAUUUGAAACCACAGAAACAGUGUGAAAAAUUUUCCACUAUCACACCCAAACUGGAGAAAGAUGGUUCUGAGGAUACAAAUAGUUCUUCAUCAGAGGGAGCUCCAGCUGAUAUCCAAAAGGGACAUGCAUAUGGUGAACCAUUUAAAAAUAUUCCAAGGUGUGGAACAUUACCUGAAAAGCAAAAUAGGAAGAAAGCAAGUCGUAGGGAUCAUUCUAUAGUACCUGAUGUAGACAUUGGAAGUACAGCUGUGGAUAUCAGUCUGGCAGAAAAAGUGGCAGAAUUUCUACGAAAUGAAAGAGACAUAAUAUCUGAAACUGAAGUCUGUAGUGAAGAUCCAGUUUCAAGAAAUCCUACCAUCUCUGUCAGUAUUAAAUCAGUGCAAAAGAAAAAUGAACAUCUCUCUGAAUUAAAAGUAGAAUGUCAACAGGAUGAACCUUUAAUGGAAACACCUGAGAACAAAUGUACAAAACCGGAUGGUACUACAGGUGAAGUAGUUCCCAAUGAUUCUCCCCUUCCAUUUUGUUCUGAAAAGAGGGCAGAAACAACUAGUGUAGACAUCACUGUUUCAGAUGAUCAGCCUUCUUUCACAGAAGUGUCAGAGAUUCCUUCAAAUGAUGCUGGUGUAGAAACAGAGAUGAUUGAUAGAAAAGAAACUACAGCACAACCACCGAACACUUCAGAGGUUGUCAGGGAAAUGCUACAAGAUGAAAUGUUUAAGCUGAUUCAGCUACAGCAGAUUAAUUAUCUGAGCCUCAUGCAAAUAGUUGGAUUUGCCAACUUGCCAAGUACAUCACAGCAAAUGCAGCAACCUCAACCUUUUCCAUUAGGAAGAAACUGGGCUUCAAACACUGAAGCAAAUAAUGUCCAUCGAUCUCCUCCCAUGCAGCCAGCUGAUGGUGUGCAAAAACCUACUGAGCAUCAGAUACCAACUCUAGAAAACAAUUGGAAUGUUGGCCAGAAAAAUAACAGUUCUCAGGAAGAAAAGAACUUACCUGAUCAGAACCAGGAUGAAAAUAACACAAGGUCUGUGCAUAUGACUGAUUCUUCAGCGUUACGAGAGAGUGAGUCUAUUGGUGCAAGAUUGAGGCUGCCACGUCAAAGCUCACCUCAUCAGAAUCCAGCCAGGCCAUUUCCUCUAUUAUCUAUUUCCCUAAAUCCUGAGAAGAAACCAAAGCUUAUUCCAGUGGCAAAACCGUUAAAUAAUGCAGAGGGAUUUCCUUUGCUUAAGCUAAAAACAAAUUAUCAAUUUCAGCCAUUCAAUUUCUGUCCAGUAAUACGCCGCAGAUCCUCUGGAUCAUCAUCAGGACCAAGAGAAGCCUGGGGCCCCUCACCUUCUCUGGCACAAAAUCCUCCCAGUUUACAAAUGUCAGAACCCACAAGUGAGACAAGAGCACAUCUAAACUUGAACUGUUAUGAUCAAAAUGUUAUAAACCAGGCACAAAAGCAGACAAAGCGUUGGGCAGAACCAGUCAAGACAAGGAUUUCCAAACAGUUUCCUAUAGAUGAAUAUGGAAAAAAGGAAGAUUCAGCACCGUUACAACCCUUCCAUGAAUAUCUAAGGGCAGAAAAACCAUUGGUUGACAAUGAAAUUAAUUCACAUCAAGCACAUGGGCAUUUUACUGAAAUUCCUUUGCUAUAUCUGAAGACCAGCCCACAAUCCAAAUGUUUACCAGUUAAGCUUACAACAAAAACUACAGAUUGCAGAGCACCCCCUGGACAGACAGGAUUACCAUUGCUUUAUUCUAAUUUACCUCCACUAACCAAGUUUCAGAUACCGAAACUCAUUCCCCUUCAAGAUCUGAUUGCAUUUGAACAAAGCCAGCAUAUUGUUCAGUACCCGGAGCAUAAAGAGCAUCCCAAGCAGAUACAGUUAUUGAAAGCUAAUAUUAAACUAAACGAAGCAAGACAAGUUAGGAAUAAUAAGAAAAGGCAGAAGAGACGUAUUGAAAAUCGGAUCAAGGAGAAGGAAGAAAAAAUGAAAGCCAUUGUGACUAAUCAACAAAAUGAUUCUUCUGUUCUUCCUGAUGCUGUAAAGCCAACAAAGAAACCCCAAGCUGAAUUAAGUGCUGGCCUAUGUGAUGCCAGUUCAUUACCAAAAUCAGAUACAUAUAUUUCAUCAGCGGCACUACAUUACCUGGCUUCUGUAGGAAAAAAGACUGCAGAUCUGCAGAAUGCUAGCACAAAUACAGACACUGUUCUGAAAUCAUCUCAUAGUGUACAAACUGUAUCAGAAGAAAUCAUUGAUGAAUCUGUUGGGAAUCAAUCAGUCACUUCUGCUUCUGCAUCUGUACCAGUUGAAAAAUCACAUCAGGAUGUUAUAACAGACUCAGAACAAAUAAUUGCUGAAACUAAUAAAAAUCAGCCAAUCAUUUUUGCUUCCGCUUCUGCUUCUGCAACAGAACUGUUACCUUCUUGCAUUCCUCAGACUUUGCCACCAGAGUUGUAUGUCAACUUUAAGUCAGCGAGCACAACUACAGAGAAACCUUUGCCAUCUUCAUCUGAUUUGGCUGAACAGAGAUAUAUCAGUGUGACCGAUAUAGAGGCUGGUGACCUUCUCAAUAAUUUGCCAGUUAAAUUUGAGCCUGCUGCACAGCCUAUUGUCACACAUCCUGUGAAGUCUGAAUUCUCAGCUUCUACAAAGCUGCAUUAUCCAGCAGUCUCUGUUACCGGUGCAUUACCCCUGGAUGAGUUUGAGAGACAAGAAAAGAGUCUCGAAAUUGAAUUGUCUCUGCUACCACCAAGAAUAACAGAGGAAGAAACUGCGGGUGAUCGUCUUACCUCAAAUCUCCUUUGUGAAGAUUUUCCCAGUAUUUACACAGGACAGUUGGGUCAAAAGAUCAGUAGACGGCAUUUUUCUGGAAAACUACAAGAAAUGGAUAGACAGCUGUCGUACUUACAAAAUUUGGCAGAAAGAAUGGAGAAAGAAUACAGCACUACUAAAUUGUUUGGGGAAACAAUAAAAGAUGUGAUAUCUGAUCAAGAAGAAAAUGACAUAUUGUUCUUUGCACCUGGAGUUAAGCUUUGCAAAGCAGAACGUUACUCAACCCGUGUAAUAGUGGAGAAUUUUAUGGAGGAGAAAGAUUUCUUAGAAGCAGAAUCUUCUCCAAAUCAUUUCAUUGCCUUAAAUACACCUUCUGUUUCACCUUCAGUAUCAGCCGCUGAUCAUCCCAGGGUCAACAAACUGUAUUCUGAUGUUAGUUUUAAAAUGGAAGAACAAGAUGAGAGAUGUUCAGAAGAUCGCCUUCGAAUCACUGGCUUGAGUGAUGUUUUGGACAUUAUUAAUGAUCUUAUAGUGGAGAAUGGUGUUUCUCCUUCAGAGCUGGGCCUUACAGAAACUCAAGCUAGAAAAAUGGCCAGUCUUUCAAAUAUACCAUGUAAGCAGACAUAUAAAGCUGAGAAGGAUAAAAAAGAGUUACAUGCUUGGAUGAAAAGAAAACGAAAACAGAGACUUGCUGAAUAUAUGCAAACACUGUCUGAAAAACGGGCAAAAGAGCACAAUCCAUUCCAUUUGAGAAAGAUGGCCCUUGGACUGUCAACGCGAGAGAUUAAAUUACAACAGAAAAAGAAGAAGGAGAAAGAUAAGGUUUUGCUAUCCGAACAUCAUAACUUAAGAGUCAACGAAGCUCUCACUCUGAUGCAAGACUUGCUGUCUGACACUGUGCAGCUCCCUUCCAGUAAAUAUAAACCAUCGUCUAGAAGAAAAUCAUCUUAUGAUUUUAAGCAGCCACGCAUCACUUCUGCUGGAGGUUUCCAUGGGAGGAGCAAGCCAUUUGCCAAAGUUGGUUUGGGUGCAACAAGAUCCCUUUCAAGUCUGUCUUGUGACACAACUCGUAAAAAGGGUCGACUCUGCCAAACUCCGUACAGAAGAAUGUCACUAGAAUCCCAUCAAGGUGAAGCAUAUGGGAAAAGCAGUAGAAACCAGAGGCAAUGGACGAGUAGCAGGCUGGACCUGAGAAACCAUGCUUCUGAUCAGACAAGAGAGUCAAUGAAUGAGAAAAGACUCUUCACUUCUAGUAUGACAUCUCAGACCACUGAAGAGACUGAAGACAAUACAGUGAGUGGUUGGAGUGUCCCUGAAGAGAUCCAGCAAAUACUGUAUGGCACACCUAAUGCACAUUUCAGCAAGGAAUCACUUACAGAAGAUGCUUGCUCGAUUGCCAGUCUUAAUAAUAUUGACAGUACAAACUAAUCAGAAGACAAAAGAAAACAUUUUAGGUCUUUCUAUUGUCGGCAGCUUCAACCAAGCCACCAAAUAGUUGGAACGUCUUGCCUCUUCUUCUCAACUCAUCUGUAGACAAUCUGCAGUUCAAAAAUUAUGUAUAUUUCUAUGCAGAAAAACUUUCACAAAAGAAAAUAAUUGGCUCUAAUUAUGGAAGAUGUGUGACAUAUGAACAUGUAGCAAGUUAAGGAGAAUUCCAGAAUAUAAAAUUUGCCUUUUUAAAAAACCAGUUAUGCACCAUACACUAAAUCCCUGCAACACCUGGUUCUCAAUGGUCUCCUCCAGACACAAAAAAUGGACUGAUCCAAGAAAAUGAUAGUUAAAUUAUAAUCAGGGACACCUAGACAUAAGUCAAUCUGCACAUUAGACAGGAUCAAAAUAAGUGUGAUGUUGCAACUUUCUUGUUGAAACCUCUGCUUUGGAAAACAGAGCAUGCACAGAAUCUAGAGGGAAAUACAAGAUCCCAGGGAACAAGAUAAUAGUUCAGGAACCAGUUAGUCUGCUUUGUAUAUUCUUAAUUGUUAUGUUUCUGAUGAGGUGAGAUUUUAGUUUGCUUUCCCCUGGAAAACAGAACCAUAUUGGGAAGUGAAAAGGCCAAUUUAUGUUGUAGUAAUCAGUGUCCAGUCAUUGCAAGGGUGCAAAUAUGGCUGACCGCCUUUGCAGCGUUUAUUCUUUUAUACAGUUUUCCAAGCAGCAAAAGUUUAACAUAGCAAUAGCGUAGCAAUAGCAUUUCAUUGGUUAAACUCCUUACCAAUCCUUAAGAAGAUAUCAGCCAGGAGGCCCAGCCAGGGAGUAGUUUCUACCACAUCCUGUUGAUGUAACCUGGCUGAUAUCAUGUGAACCAGGUGAUGUCAUUGUAUCAGCCUGGGGUAGUUUCCCACAUUGCCAUGGUGAUGUAAAUGGAUGAGAUCAUGUAGAGAGAAGAGGCACGCAGGCAUUGGAAGGGCAGUUUGCUGCUCACGACCUCUACCUGGCCCCUAUCUCUACAUUAUGUGUCAUGAAACUUUAAAGAAAAUUUGAACUAAAUCAUUCUGCCAUUGAUGCUUCUAGAAAUGGAUUCUAAUAUAUUUUUAAUUUAAAAUACUGUAUAUUUUAUUCAUUAACAUAGAUUUUUAUGUUUUCAUAUACUGUACCACUGUGAGUUGUAUGAUUAAAGCAGUUCAAAUAUAUAAAUACUGCCAAGAUAUGCUGCUUCUGAUUCAUCAUUUACUUUAAUUACUUAAAAACAUAUUUAAUGGCACAGAACUACGUAAUAGCAGUAGCAAUAGCAGACGUAUAUACCGCUUCACAGUGCUUUACAGCCCUCUCUAAGCGAUU